UAUUCCCAAGAAGUUGUGACUGGGAAGCUCCCCAGCUGCCAGGGAGAUCAUGUCCUCCGAUGACCUACUGGGCGAGCUCCGCGCGCCGCGCACGAACAGCAGUGACUUUGCGCGAUUUCUGCGAGAGCAGCUCCAGCAUUUGGAGACACAGCUGCUGAUGGCGUAUGGCGAAGUGGCAAACAAGCCACGAUCGCUCAUGACCACCCGGAGCAGUGGCACCAACCACUUGCCGGUGCAACCUCGCACCGGCACGGCCGGGUCCCAAAAUUCUGAGGUUCCGCUGGAAUGUGUCAGUGCGACAUCUACUCCACGCGAGGCCUUAAAAAAGAACAGAACGUCGACGGACGCGAAGCGCUGCUUUCAAGUUCAUGAAAAGUGCAACAUGACCGAGGAGCUGGAGGAUUUGCAGGCCCUCUUCAUGGUCACCAAGCCUUCCUCGCGAUUUAACACGGGCGAUGGCGCGAUCGAGUCUCCAAGGUCAAAACGGGAUCAACGCCAGGAGACAUGGCCCCGCUUCUUGGUGCACCCGGAGUCCACAAAACGCUUGUUCUGGGAUUGCCUUGCUUGCAUGAUGCUCUUCACCUACACCGUUGUAGUACCACUGGAAGUUUUUCACUUUGAAGUGGAUUCCGCGGUGAUGUCCACCAUGCUCUCAGUGCGGAGUGUGUGGCUCUUCUUUUGGAUCUUGGACAUUGGUAUGACGGUGAGAACAGCGGUAUAUGUGGACAACGUUCUGUGUACCCAGUGGAGCUGCAUCUUGCGAAAGUACGUAUAUUCAUGGUUUCUCUUUGACUUGGCAGUCAUCGGUCUGGACCUUUGGUCCAUCAUUUGCAUGGUGCGACGUCGACCCAUUCUGCGCAUUGCGGCAGUCGGAAAGUUUUUCUUCAUGGCUCGGGGAGUCUUCAGCUUUCGCUUCCACAAGUUGCUGCAGCACCAGCGGCUGAUGGGGCGAAGCGGGCUAAGCGGAGCGAAGAAGGCCUGUGGCGUGCUGCUGCUGAUUCUUGUCAUACUGGUCACCGCAGUGCGUAUGUUGGCUUGCCUCUGGUUUUUCUGUGGCAACGUGGAAGAUGGUUGGGUGGAGACAGAACAGCUUCGCUCGGAGAGCUGGGAUGUGCAAUACGCUCGCAGCGUGCAGUGGGCCCUGUCGCGCUUGCCCGCUGCGUCCAUGGCUUCCAACAUGGCGUUAAACACGGGCCUGGAGCGUGCGGUCGCGUUGGGUGCCACCUUCAGUGCGCUCGCUUGCGGCUCUGUCUUCGUGAGUGUCAUCACCAACCUCUUAGCCGGCCUUGAACGAAGUCGACAACACAAGAAGAACAUGCUGAAGGCAUCCGGAAGCUACAUUCAUGGCCACAACUUGUCACAGAAACAUCUCAAGCAGGCGAAGGACAUCGUGGAACGCGAAAAGUUGCGCCAAGAAAAGAUGAACCAGCUCAAGUUCCUCCAAGACCUUCCCGAGAAUUUCCGUCAGGUUUUAUUCUGUGAAGCUCGUGGGCAAAUUCUCAGCAUUCUGAGCUUCUACAAGACCAUCCAGGAGGACGAUUCAGCAGAGGUGAACCUUUGCUCGACGGCAGUGUCGGAGCUCUUCCUCCUAGCCAAGGACGAAGUCUUCCGCGCCAAUGUCCAAGCCAAAGGUCUCUUUCUGGUCAGCGGAUGCACCUACAGCAUUUUGUCGUUGGAGAUGGAGCUAGGCAGUCCUACAGGACGCAGUAGUUCACAAAGUGUGGUGCCGCCACAACGAAAGUCCUUUUGGACAAAACCUUUCUCAUGGCUGAUAAAGAAUGCCACGGUGGUUCCCAGUGAUGGAGACUAUGCUGGCUCUGGUGUAACCAAAGUCAGGGUGUCCAUCGAAGAGCCCAUGUCAGAACAAGCUUUGUGAAUUAAGGCUUGGCAGCACCAAGGCUCACUUCGCGCGCACACCACAGGCGGCGGCGUGGUGCUGCAGACAAAGCAGUUCUAUAAGAUUUUGGCGGCGCAUCCACAUACAAUGUCCAAGGCCGUGGAGCAUGCGCGAGAAUUUGUUUGUCGCAUGAAUGAAUCUUUAAUGAGCGAGGCCUCCAUCACUGAUUUGCCAAUCACAGGUCUGUACUAGCGAUGAUACUGAUG